AUGAAGGAGACAGCGGUUGUGGCUUGUUUGCUGGCGGAGCUGUCUCUGGCUGCUUUUGUUCUGGCCUCUGAGGGGUCCGAUCGCUGCCCCGCUUUGUGUCGAUGUGAGAUACGACCCUGGUUCUCGCCCAGCUCUAUUUACAGCGAGGCCGCCACAGUGGACUGUAACGACUUGGGCCUGUCGGUGCUGCCGGAGAGACUCCCCUCAGAAACACAGGUGCUGCUGCUGCAGACAAACAACAUCGUUAAUGUGGAGAAAACUUUGGAUUACUUGGCCAACAUCACUGAAAUCGACUUGUCUCAGAAUAACAUUUCCUCGGUGAGCGAUGUUUGUCUGGGGUCUCUCCCCCGGCUGCUGUCUCUCCACAUGGAGGAGAACUGGAUUCAGGAGCUGUCUGACAGCUGCCUCACUUCCUUGCCCAACCUGCAGGAGUUCUACAUCAACCACAACCUGAUUUUCUCCAUCACCCCCGCAGCGUUCAAGGGCCUGUCCAGGCUGCUGAGGCUCCAUCUCAAUUCCAAUCGACUGACAAGCAUCAACAGCCAGUGGUUCCAGCAUCUGCCCCACCUGGAGAUAUUGAUGUUGGGAGAAAACCCCAUCAUUGAGCUGUCAGACAUGAACUUCAAACCCCUGGCGAACCUCCGGAGCCUCGUGCUUGCCAAGAUGAAUCUGACUGAAAUGCCGGAAAAUGCUCUAGUUGGCCUUGAGAACUUGGAGAGCCUCUCGUUCUUUGACAACCUGCUCAGUUGUGUCCCCCGAGCGGCGUUGACAAGAGUCCAGAAUUUGAAGUUUCUGGAUUUGAAUAAGAACCCCAUUGAGAGGAUCCAGAGAGGGGACUUCAUGGACAUGAUGCAUCUCAAGGAGCUCGGCAUCAACAGCAUGCCGGAGCUCGUCUCCAUCGACAGCUUUGCCCUGAACAACCUGCCGGAGCUGACGAAAAUCGAGGCCACCAACAACCCCCGGCUGUCCUACAUCCACCCGAGGGCCUUCCACAAGCUCCCCAGGCUGGAGACCCUGAUGCUGAACAGCAACGCUCUGAGCGCGCUCCACCGCGGCACCGUGGAGUCCCUACCCAACCUCAGAGAGGUCAGCCUGCACAGCAACCCCAUCCGCUGCGACUGCGUCAUCCGCUGGGUCAACAUGAACCGGACCGCCAUUCGGUUCAUGGAGCCCGACUCCUUGUUCUGUGUGGAGCCUCCGGAGUACCAAGGCCAGCACGUCCGACAGGUGCACUUCAGGGAGAUGACGGAGAUCUGCCUUCCUCUGAUCUCACCGAGGAGCCUCCCGGAUCGGGUCGAAGUCGGCAAAGGGAGGUCUGUGUCGCUGCACUGCCGGGCGUUUGGUGAACCAGAGCCUGAGAUCUUCUGGGUGACGCCGUCGGGUGACAGGGUUCUACCCGGGAGCGUGUCCGAUAAGUACUACAUGCACCCCGAGGGAACCUUUGACCUCUACGAUGCCACGGAGCAGGAAGCAGGCUCGUACACCUGCAUCGCCCACAAUCUUGUCGGGGCGGACCUGAAGUCUGUGAUGGUUGCUGUAGACGGAUACAUCGCCCAGCGUUUAGAUCAACCGCUACAGGUUUACAUCACAUCUGUCCAGUCUCAUUCUGUCCGGGUUUCCUGGGAGAGCACGGGGGGGUUGGUAUCACGACUAAAUUGGUCAGUUUUAGCCCAGGGCAGCGGCCUUUUGAUGCCAUUCACAGCCAGGCUUCCCGCUGAUGUCAAAGAGUACCACAUCAAACAGCUGAAGCCCUCCACCUGCUACCAGGUUUGCGUUCAGGUCACUGCGGCUCAGCCUGGAUUCAGCAGGGACUGUGUCAAUGUGACCACAAAGGAGGCGGCCACCCCGAGGGGGACAACUGAGAACUGGGACGGUCUUGUGAUGGCGUCUUGCGCUGUGUUUUUUAUCGUGGUUGCCGUGGCUUGCUCCGUCAUCUAUACCUCUAUGUACAGCCAAGUGUUUUACAGGAAACUGAUUUCAGACCCGGCUGAGACGCUGCUCAUUCCCAGCACUCAUAACUCCUCCUCUUCUUCUUCUUCUUCUUCUUUCCUGGAAUUCGGUGUGUCUGGGAUCAAGGUGAGGGCUACUGUAAUAGACUUACCGGAUGACUCCAUGUAA